UUGAAUUAUUUUUAUUAGUUAGUGUUGAAGCAGCCAUGUUGCGAGCUGUUUGUCUGUUUGUCGUUUUAGGCCUUGCUUUGGCAAAGCAUGAGCAGUAUGAGGGCUUCGGUCUUUACAAGAUCACCGUGAAGACUCCGGAACAGAUUGAGCUGGUCAACUACUUGAGCCAAACUCUAGACCUUGAUGUCUGGUCAAAUGCAGUGCCCGGCCGCGCUGGCCAAGUCCUGGUACAGAAGGACAAGAAGGCGCUGUUCCAAAAUGAACUUAAAGGUGCCGGGAUAGAGUUCACUCUCGAGACUGAUGAUAUUAAAGAGCUCUUGGACUUGGAAGACAGGCUAUUGGAAGCCGCCUCCAUGAAGAGGAACAAUGCAUCUAGAUUGGACUCUCUACCUUUUGACCAGAUCUAUAAUUACCACCAGGUGGAUGCCUUCUUAGAACUGUUGGCUGAAACUUACUCGAACACAGUGACCCUCGUGAACGCAGGCAAGAGUGUUGAAGGCAGGGAUAUCAAGUACAUCAAGAUCUCCACCACCAACUUUGAGGACACCAGCAAACCCGUCGUCUUCUUGGAAUCUCUCCUCCACGCUCGUGAAUGGAUCACCUUACCUGCUACCCUCUACGCUAUCCAUAAGCUGGUGAUUGACGUCACUGAGCGAGACCUGGUUCAAGACAUCGACUGGAUCAUACUGCCGAUUGCCAAUCCUGAUGGAUACGAGCAUACUCAUGGAGAGUUCCGUUUAUGGCGCAAGAACCGCAGCACCGCCCACAGCAUCGUCUGCAGCGGAGUCGACCUGAACAGGAACUUCGACAUUGCCUGGUCUACAGCCUCCAGCAACAACGCUUGCUCCGACACCUUCCACGGAAGCGCACCCUUCUCUGAACCAGAGACCACCAUCAUCAAAUCCAUCUUCGACCAAUAUGGCGACCGCAUGGAACUGUUCCUGGACAUCCACAGUUUUGGCAGUAUGAUCCUUUACGGUUACGGCAAUGGGCAGCUCCCUUCUCAUGGUCUCUUCCUGCAUCUGUUAGGAAUCAACAUGGCCAGCUCCAUUGACAAUGUUAAAAUGAGCUGGAAUCCAAACUACGUUGUUGGAAACGUCGCCCACGUUUUGUACGAUGCUUCUGGCAGUGCUGGUGACUACGCCAUGUCUACUGGUAUACCUUUCUCUUACACCUACGAGUUGCCUGGACACAGGUUCGGAGUUGGCGGCUUUGGUUUCUUCGUCGACCCUGCUUUUAUUGAACAGGCUGGCUUUGAGACCUGGGAGGGUAUCAAGACUGGAGCCAGAUACGUCCGCGAUAACCGCAGUAAGAAGUAAAUCUAGAUUUGAAACUUAUUUAUUUUUUGUAUUGCAAUAAAUGUUAUUAUUAUUUA